AUGCACAAAUCUUGGAACUGCACGGAAGCGAGUACCUGCGGAUCAGCGAGUAAUGGGUGUCGAUGUGUCGUGAUCAGGUCGGCCCCGAGUGUCGGCCAGGGACUGGUAGCAGUCGCUGGAAAUCUGGCUAGCGUAGCGAUCCCUGAGAACGCAGUCUGUUUGUAUAUUCCGGUCAAUGGAUAG